AGUGCGCAUAUGUAGGGACUAAGACGCUGCUUGGGACGCAGGCGGUUAGUGAGCUAAGAUGGCGGCGUGUAUUACAGCGAGCCGGCGCGGGGAGACUCUUUAUUCUACUCAAAAUGAUCUGGUGCCGGAAUGGCAAAGGCAAGAAGUCAGCACAGGGACCACCAUCAUGGCGGUGGAGUUUGAUGGCGGUGUGGUGAUCGGAGCAGACUCUCGUACCACCACUGGAGCCUACAUUGCAAACCGAGUGACUGAUAAACUCACCCCGAUCCACGACCGUAUCUUCUGCUGCCGCUCGGGAUCUGCGGCCGACACUCAGGCCAUCGCAGAUGCCGUCAGCUACCAGUUGAGCUUUCACAGUAUCGAGCUGGAUGAACCCCCGCUGGUGCAGACGGCAGCAAACCUGUUCAAGCACAUGUGCUACAGGUACAGAGAAGAGCUGAUGGCUGGGAUCAUCGUAGCAGGUUGGGACAAACGGAGAGGAGGACAGGUGUACACCGUGCCGAUGGGGGGGAUGCUGGUGAAGCAGCCCGUGUCUGUGGGCGGAUCCGGAAGCUCGUACAUUUACGGAUUCGUCGACUCCAACUACAGGAGCGGCAUGACCAAAGAGGAGUGUUUACGCUUCACAGCAGAGGCUUUGGCUCUUGCUAUGGAAAGGGAUGGAUCCUCAGGGGGCGUGGUCAGACUGGCAGCCAUCACAGAGGCGGGGCUUGAGCGCAGUGUCAUUCUGGGAAAUCAGCUGCCCAAAGUUCCCACUUCCUAAAAACCCUAGUGUGUUUUCCGUUAGUUAUUUCUCUUCACACCCGUACCGCAUUAUUUUCCAGUAUUGUUUCACACACUACCACACCGGAGCGAACGCCGUCAUGUUUUUUCACACUUAUUGGAAAUAAAAAACGAUUCUGAACCACAA